AUGGGUUCCCCUCCGAGAAGAAAAGAAAUUCCACUGAAUGGCCCCCGCCCCGCCGCCCUCUCCGUCGCCAAAGACUCUCUAAAGAUCAAGAAGCCGCCGCUUCCGCCGUCCCGUGCCCUCCAACUCCGCCACCACCACCAGCAACGCCGGCAACCGCCCCUCGUAAUCUACGAACUCUCCCCACAGGUUAAGAACGUCCCCGCCGCUGACUUUAUGGCCUACGUCCAACAACAAACCGGCUACCACCCCUCCGCCGCCGCCGCCGCUUCUACUUCCUCCGUCGACGUCACCGAACCCGAACCCACGACGGCGCCUCAUUCUCCGCCGGGGAUCCUCUCCCCCACCCCCACUUCCCUGCCAUCCAUUUCCCCCAAUAUUUUCACGCCGACGCCGACACCGCCGCCGCCGCCGCCGGAUGAUGUAAUUUCUUAUACGUGGCGUACUGUGGAACCGCCCCCUCUUCCCACGUUCAAUCAAAAUCCUGUUCAUCUUCCUUAUGGUUUACCCAAUUUUUCACCCCAAGAUUUCUUCCACGACAACUCAUUCCCGGAUAACUUCCCAUAA